CUUGACGUAUUGUGUAUCCAAACGUUGUCGCGGUCGGAUGUGUAUGUGUUUCGCGUUCGUCUUCUCCCCCGGGGAACUGAAAUAACAGGAAUACAAUCGAAAACCAAGCAAGAAACUUACAAAAUAAUGAACGCACAGUGAAUAGUGCGUGCGUGCGUGCGUGUGGAUGUGUAGAGGUGUUGGUCGCUAAAUAUUAUCCACCCAGUAGUGUUAGUGCGUGAAGAUAACGAGCCAAAGGGUACUCACAUUCUGAUUCUGUUCUGAAGCGAGUGAUUUGAGCACGGCGUUGAAGUGUAUGCAGUUCUAAAAAGCAUCUGUGCAGUGUGUGCCUGUGUGUGAGUGUUUGGUGUGUGCAAAAGAAGGAAAUAGUUAAUACACAAAAAAAGCAUAAGUUUUUUGGUUGGCCUUCUGCAGGCAACUUGUGGCGGGUUAAUUAAUCCGAUUGCGCGUGCUAGUGUGUGUGCGUGCGUGUGUGUAGCCGCGCGUGUGUGUACAAAGAAGAAAAAGAACGGAGAAGCAGCAGAAAAAAGGGCCAGAAACAGGAUUUCGAUCAAGACGCCGGAAGCUGUAACGCGACGAGAGCAGCAACAGCAACAACAGCCAUAAAGCAUCGCUACAACAACAACAGCAGCAGCUGCAAUUGAAUAUUUUCCAACCAGUAGAAAAUAUUCAUCUUGUGGCGUGCAAAAAGGAAAGCAACUCUCGACAGUGUGCAAACAUGUCGGUUGCGUCGCAGGAUUCCCGUCGAGCGCUCUGCGUGCCGCUGGUCCACUUCUUGUGCCACUGAGAGGGUUUGGAACCAAGCGUGGAACGUAUUGCUACAAUCCUAUAUUGCACUGGAAUUAACCGAGAAGCUAGAGUCGUCCGAGCGACGAGGGAGCAAGUGUUGGAAGCGGCGUGGGACUGGAGUCCCAUUUCUCCGGUUUGUGUUUGUGCGUGUGUGUGUGUGUUUGGAGUGGAGUGAACGGGACGUGUCAUUUGGAGGAGGUGGGCAGCAUCUAGCAGAGGAACGCAAUGAAACCACCGAGCAUUGACAUGUCAUCAGCCACUAGCAACAACAGCAGCAGCAACAACAUCAGCAACACAACGAACCGAUCAUCUCCGGCCGCUUCCUCACCGACGAUAGUGACACCUAAUUCUAUUGUACAUAGUAGCAGUAACGUAUGCAGCGGCAUAAGCGGAACGACGGGCCCUGGAUCGGGUGGAGUUCCUGGGUCAAGCAGUAGCAGCAGCAGCACGACAACUCCGACACACACCGCCAAUGGUGGACCAGGAGCGGUACCGGCUGCAAACAGUAGCAGCAGUGCGGGAAACAGUUCGAGCUGCUUCAUCAAGCCAUCGCUUUCGCUAAAUUCGCUACCACCGCAGGGACCUCCAGAAGGCUCGGAGAUGGCUCAACACAGGCUUCGUAUCGAUAGGCCUUAUAAUAGCUUAAAGAAAAAACGCGACACAGAGCGAGAACUGUGGCGAAGAUCGUGGGGCAGCGGGCACAGUCAUAGCUCGUGCAGUUUGCAGAGCAGCACCACCAACACCGGGCUCGGCAAGGACGAUUUCUGGGCGGCCUUGCAAACGAACUACAACUUCAUCAUGGACACCAACCUGCUCGACAGCUGUCGGGAGGCGCGCGGUGAGCUCGAGGGUCCCAUCUUUCGGGAUGACCUCGAGGAUGAUGUCAACUGUUGCCGGAAGGCACUGUUUAAACCCGCACAAACGCACCGCUUUUACGGCGAUCCGCGCUUGUUGCGACAAUGGAUCAAAGAGAUGGAGAACCGAGUGGCCAGAGUACCGUCGGUUACGGAAACCAAGAGACUGAGCAUCGAGCAGCUGCAGAAGCUGGCAGUAGAGCACGGGGAAAUUUAUCGCGAAAUCAAAUCCAACUCCCGGGCAGUAGCAGCUUGCAUUCGUAGCUACGAACGUGACCGAAAGUCUGCCUCGUCUGCAUCCGGCAAGGGAUCCCUCACGCCGGAAGCCGAAGCUGCAUCGCUCGGUAGCAGCAACACCACCAGUGGCCAUAAUAGUACUAGUAGUAACGUAGCACCAACCGCCGAAGGCAAGGGCAGAGAGAACGGAGGUGGCGGAGUGAAGGGGCUAGAGCGACGGUACCAUCUGCUCUACCUGAAAGCCUUUGAGAUACAGUGCCUUUUGGAAGGAUUAUUGGAUAGCAAGACUUCGAGCUCGGAUAAUAACGCCAGCUUGUCGGACACGGAUGAGGAGCCGGCUAACAAGCUAGCACGCGUCAGUAGCUCCAGCAUCAAAUCUCAGGGUUCCAAUCACAUCGAGACACUGAAUAAUGAAGAAUGGGUUAAGGUAAAGAAGCUGUCCAACGCUGGUUUCGAUGCCGAUUCAGAAGGCAGCGAUAGUGAAAUUGUGCCCAAAAUCAUUGCCUACAGUGGAGCGGGCAACGCCUAUAGCAGCGGGUGCGGUAAUAGCAGCAGCAGCCAGAAGCACGACAUCCAAUAUCACCCGGGACCGGGUAGCGGUAGCAUUAGGAGCAGCGCACUAGCAUCAACAUCCUCACCUAGCUCGGGUAAUCUUAUGAUGGAAGCAGACAUUAACAACCUCUCGACGACCACGACACUUUCCGAUGCCACGACACUGGCCACGACCAGCUCGAAGUUAGCCGAAUCCGCACUCGCCGUCAACGCAGCGACCGUGCUGAAGGAGAACAUUCUGAACAACAACAACAAUACCACGCUCGAAAGCGACAAAUCAAUCAUCGGAUGUGAUUUGGUCGAUGGAGGAGCAGCCUUGCUGAGCAGCACACUCGACACGGUCAACAAUAAUGCGAUUGUGAACGGCAGUGGUACGGUUAAGGAGCAGCUCAACAACACCGCACAGGACCGGCACAUCGGUAAAGGAGUACCGCUACGCAAUGGAAAAGCAUCCUCACCGAUCGGUUCGUCUGGCAAGCAGAAACGUUCGAAGGUGAGCGAUUCGUCCAAGUUUAACCGGUCGAACCGCAAAUCGAAGAACUGCGCCACGUUUUACUUCAAACAUCGGGACACGGACUCGGAGCUGAACAAGGAUUCUAGCGAGCGUACCAAGUCGGAUGAAUCUUCCCCCGGCACGUCCUCACCUUCCGCAUCCUCGUCCGAAGGAGACGACGAGUGGGUGUACAAUAACGGGGAGGAGGAAGACGACGACCACGGCGCGGACCUGCUAACUGCACGAAAGCGUACCGAACAGGCGCGUGAAGCUGGCGAAGAGGAGAAGGAAAACAAACCGGGAGAGCUGGAAGGCGUAACGACGGGUGGUGGUGGUGCCUUAAAGAUGACUGCGGGCCGGGAACCGAAAUCCAAGAAGUGUCUGGAUUUUACCCACGAUUCGACGCAAAAUGGUGGCGUUUCGACGCCGAACGGACGCAACGGAGGACGAUCGCUGAUGAUGACGUCGAUCGGGAGUUUUGGCAAAAGCUCGGACAGUGUCAACAGUGCCAAGAGAUCGAAGCCACCGCAGUAUGCAACCAGCUCGAUACAAAGGUUAGUGCUGCAUGCCGAAACGUUGGUGCGUGACGAAAUUUUCGCCAAAAACGCUGCCGCGGCGGCCGCUGCUGCUGCAGCCGGUCCCGGCAGUACGCCGAAAACGGUGGUGAAAAAUCCGCACUACUAUCAUCAUCAUCAUCACCACCAUCAUCACAACUACAACAGCGCAAACAAUAGCAACAGCAGCAACAACAGCAGCAGCAGCCAUCAGCAGCAUCAGCUCUCAUCAUCGUUGCCAUCGACGGUAGCGUUGCCGUUGGGCGGCGUGGCGAGCAUUGUUGCAUCGCACGAACCGCGACACGGUGCUGCUACGGCACACGGUCAGCAUCAUCACCAUCAUCACCAUCACGGUCACGGUCGAAAGGCGGAGAAAGCCAUGAGCAAUCUGAAGAUGAAUUUGAUCGAGGAAUGGCUUGAAAAGCAACCGUUGGAUGCGCCGGUUACCGCUCCCCUGCUGCCGACGUCCGCCCCAACCACCGACUGUGAAGCGUCCGGCGAGUACACCGAUUCGGAUUCGAUCGCACGCGACACGGACAGCUCGGAAGGGUUGGCCAACUCCGUCGCCACCUGUCUGCAGGGCGAACAGACGCAAACGUCCCAGGAGCUGCUGAAUGACGGUACGUCCUACCCGUCGGAAAAUUCGAACGACGUGUCGAACGACGACGAGGGUGUUGCGACGGAUUCGAAAGGCGGAAGCUCGGCCGCCAUUGCAGCAACCGCCGCUGGACCAGGAGUAACGGCCGCCAGCUCGAACCCUUCGUUACCGAUCACGGGCACCGGUUCGAGCACGACGCUGGUGAAGCGUAGACCGCACCGUUCAGCUACCGACCGGCCGUGGUCGGUGUCGUGCAUGUCACAGCUGAAUUCGUCCGGCGUGGAAAUUAAUCAGUACGGUGGUGGUGGUGGUGGAACUACCACCGACAGUGGAGGUAGCGGUGGUGGCGCAACGGACCAGAAGCGUGGUGAGGACGACGGUGGUGACCGGGGAGGUACCGGCAACGGGGGUAGCAACCACCGACCGCUGACGGAUCAUCGCAACUUUUCGAUCAGCGAAUCGGCACUGAACACGAUGUCCCGUGGCAGUGGUUCGUCGAUGGUUGGAUCGCGCGCCAGCAUGAAACCGACCUCCAGUCAGCAAACCGUCGUGCGCAACUCCGAAAGCAAGGGUUCGCUCAAGAAGCGCAAGCUGCGUCCGCGUCGUAAGACUCGUAUUGAUGAGUCCGGCUCGGAUGAAUCGCAACCACCGCAACACAGCUCCUCCACCCUGCACCUGCUCCAGCAGUCCCUGCUCCUACAGUACAACGCACUCACCGGUGGCAGCGGGCAACCGUUGCGUGAAAUUCAACUUUCCGGCAGCAACAGUAGUGUGGCCGGCGGUGGUGCUGCCAUCACCAGCACCAGCUCCAGUCGACGGUUGCUCAAAUCGGAAUCAUUUUCCGGCCGGUUGCGUCUGUCGGACGAUUUGCUGACGCUUUCCUCACUGUCCGGUUCUUCGUCGCGGAAGUCAUCCUCGGUGCGACACACGGCGACAGCGGCACGAUCGACGAAACGUUCGCAGGACAGCGAGGAAGAGUUCGGCUGUCCGAUGGCAAAGCCCGAGUUCCGGAUCGGUUCACUGACGCGCACCCGGUGCGGCAGUCUCAAUCUAGGAUCAUUAGCGGCGCUCGCUAAUUAUAAUCUAGAUGGUGUGGAGAAAACGGAAACCGAUCUGAACGGAACCGGCACGGGGACGGAAGAGAUGAGCAGCUUCUCGGAACAGGCGUGGGACAACUAUCAGGAAAAGUACAUGUCCGAACCGUACUCGGAGGAUCGGGAUACGGAUGCGGCCCGUCGGCUGCUAGACUUUGGGGACGACUAUCGGAACUUUAUCGACUCUCAGUCGGACUGUGCCUCGUCGUCGUUGUCGGCGGCGAAUAUGGAUUCGCUGUCGCCGCCUCGGUUCCGGCUAAAGUCCGAAUCGGCCAACAAGUCGGACGCGACUACCAAUUCGCUGAACCGCCGGAAGCGAUUGGACGAGUACCGAAUGGAUGAUCGAUAUGGCAACAAUAUGAACUCCUGGUCUAGCAAGUCCGGAAGCCCACCGCAAUCGACGACUAACGUCAGUGCCCGCAAGCACGGAUCGCUCUCAUUCCUGGAAGCCACACCGCUCGCAACGAUGGCCGAAUCGAGCGUACCGGCCGGGUUGUUGAACGCCGUCUCAACUCCCGGUGGUCCUCGGCGACGAUCGUUGCGUUCGGUGGACAAGCACAGCUCGUCGGCCGCCUUCGUGCGGUCCCUGUCGCACGAAACGAGCAGCAGCUCGAACAACGAGUUCGACGAGGACAUGGAGGCGGAGGUGAAGAAGCUGCUGAUCCAGAGCAAGCUCCGGUUCGCCAACACGGAAGCGUUGAAGGCCAAGUGUCACCUGCUGAAGCCGGACGACUACAGCGAAAUCAUCACCACCUGCCGGGAGAAUGUCCGCUGCCUGGAGUCGGUACUACGCUGCCAGCCGGGCACGGUGCUAACCGCUGCCAAGUGCCAAGAUUUACGAGAUACAAUCGUCUGCUGGGAGGGACUUCUCAACUGGAGCGAACGACGCGUCAUCAGCAAUCAGUUCCUGGACGAUAUCCGCACGCUGAAGGAUGUCCUGGAAGAGCUGGGCAGCAAGACGUUCAACAUCUGCUCCGAGUCGCACAUCCAGCUGGCGAUCGAUCAAUUGAAGAAUGAGCACAAAGUUCUGCAGAACCAACGGCCAAAGAUGCUCACGCUGAACGCAACCGUACACAACUGGGUGUCGAACCAGGAGCAGCAGCGCAAGGAACUGCUGGACCCGUCGGUCGACGCCCGGUUGGAGCAGCUGGAACGGGACAAGAACUUUGAACGCUGCAUUGGUGGGCACUGUGGCGAAUGCUACGACUGUCUGAACGAUAUCCGUCUGGAUACGUCGGUCAAUCGCGAGCUGAAGUAUGGUAUUACCACCCUGUACAGUACCUGGGAUGAAGCCGAAGUGCGACUUCGAAACCGUAUCGAAAAUCUGACCACCUCCAUGAUGACCUGGAAGCAGCUGGAGGAUGGGCUGAGCGAUUUCCGCAACAUUCUGGACCGGGACCGUGGUAAACUUCAAGGCAUUGAAGGUGCCCUGCAGAGUGGUGGCGGCACUACCGAGGAGAUCGCGAACAGCGUGAAGGAGGUGGUGAAAGCCCUCUCGGAGAAGGUGGAUCCGCUUUUUCUCGAGCAACAGGCCGGACAGUUUCAACCGCAGCAAGAGUCCGCCCAGGAGAACCUUCAGCUACUGGCUCCGGUACUUCCGGCGUGCGUUAAGCUUUCGUCGAACGGUUCUCUGUCUGAUAGUGGCAUUUCCGACGGUGGUGGCAUGUCUGAUGGCAGCCUGUCGGAGCGCGAACGGCGAUUAAACGCACUCAAGCGGCUUGUGAAGCAGCUGGAGGUGGCGCUCGCGCCCGGCAGUGAUGCAAUGCAGACGAUCACCAAGCGGCUCGAGAUGGCUGAGCAUGAUCUGCGGUCACUGCAGAGCACGUGCCGUAAGAUCAUCAUGAACGAGAAGAACCAUCAGGAUCAGCAGCAGCAGCAGCAGCAGCUCCAGCAGCAGGCGUUGGAGAAGAACCGUUCGCCGUCCGGACGGGACUCUGCCGACGGUAACAACAAUAACAGUGUGGCGGUGAAAAACAAGAACAAGAAAUCACCUUCACGCAAAAAGAAUCGUAAUGGCACACACAGUCGCAGUCAGUCGAACACUUCGGCCGAAGCGACCGAAAACGAAGAUGACGAGCAGGCACUGCUGCAGCACCAGCUCACGCAGGACGAGCUGCAGCGCGAGCAUUUGCUGGCGAUGCAGAAAUCGGCCCAGCUCGGCAUUGUGCAGACGACCAAGAUGAAGCUGUCGCAGAACCGUUGGGUGUGGCGCAUCACCAAGAUAGCCGUACCGGUUCAACUCGCUCUGGUGCUGGUGAUGUGUGCCGCCUGCUUCUUCGAACCACACUGCUGCGAUGCGCUCAACACCUAUUCGAUGAGCUUUACACCUCAGCUGCGCUACAUGAAGGGACCACCACCGAUUUAGGGCCGCGACCAGUGCCGGAUCGGGAAGAAACGCCCACCGGUUUAAGUGCAUUCGCGCGACCCCGUACGGGCGGAUGUUGUUUAGGGGAGAGGGGGCAAUUUUAAUUAAUUGGAUAGAUUUUUAUAUCCUGGAGAUAUAACGCUGGUUAAUUAGUUUCUAACUUUUUGCUGUAGCCGGUUACGACCGGCGCGUCGAACCGGGCCACAGUUUACUUCCUAGCGUUGCUGCUAUACACAUAUUCUUAUUAUACCUUUAUUAUUUCCAUAAAUGUUCUUCCUACGUUCAAUUAUCUUGUCAUCUUUACGCUAAGGAUUCCUACAUAAGGUUCAAAUUUUUGUUGCGCAUAGCUUCCAGGGUUUGCAAACCUUUUAGUAUUUUAAUCUGUUUUUUUCUUUCUCUCGCGUCCUCUUUUCCUUUAAUAGAAACUAUAUUUAUUAGCUCGUUAGAUUCACAAGGAAAUGUACAAUACCAUUCGAUCGUGCGUAGCGUUCGUGAUGGUGAUGUUAUUUAAUCGGUUUGCAUCGAUCGUAAGAUUGAUUUGUAUGAAUUAAUGAUCCUAUAUUUUGAGUAAGCUCGAUGAAAUAUCUACUAGCGAGGAGGACGGAAGAAUUUACUGUAAUUUCUCAUUUUGUUUUCAUCCAUUCACGGUUCAUGUUCGCAAAUAGCUACAGCAGCGUACGGUUUUCAUUCUCUACCUUUAUAUAGUAUCACAGUAAGAAGUACUAACUGCUAAUGUGUAAGAUUUCUAACACAAAACACUUACAAAAAAAAAGUCCAUUACUAAGAGCAUAUGGGGACGGAAAACGCCAUUUUGUUCUACCUAAAAACACAACGAAUCGAAACAGAAACAGUGCCUUGGAAGUAAUAGUAGAGCAGGUUGUUUCUUUUGUGGGGAGUGAGAAAACACUGCCCAACCAACCAAACUUACCAACAAAUCAGCGAAAGACUGUUGCUUUUUUGUGCGUGCGUGUGUAGUCUCCCAAGGUGCGAAGGAGGCGAUUUUUUACAUACAUAUUUCCAUCUCCAGUGAUAUCGCAGCUUCUUUCCUCAGUGGGAAGGUUUAUUCCGGAUACAUUAAAGUGCAAACCACACACUGCCGGCUCGGCGGUAUUUCGGCCGCUCGCUACUUAUUGCCUGUGCGCGCUUGUAAGAUGUUUCCUUCAGAGAGCGAGGGAGCAAAGCAGCAACAAAAAAGUAUUUUCACUUACUUUCAACUUGACGUGCGUCGCAAGAAGCCAUGUGUCCUUCUUUAUUUGUAUAUUUUUGUUCGAAGCAGUUGAUGUCGUUUUUUUCUCUCGCUUCAUGUGAAAUUUGUGUCACUAAUGCGCUUUUUUUCGUACUACUACUACUACCUACCUACCCCACUACUAUCUUACCCCGUUGUAAUAUGUUGUUCGUGGAUCAGUUAGUUAGCUAUGUUAGCCUUGUGUACCAAGCCUAUGCGUUCCGGCCUUCUCUCGACCAUAGACGUUUUUAUUGAGCUCUAGUUUCGCGGCGAUUUGAUUCCUUACUCUUGAUUGUUUGUGCACAAAAACAGAUAGCAAGCAAAACAAAAAAAAACCGACAAAUAGGAGUUAAGGAAGUCAAAACUUAAGGAUUCCCAUUCUGCCGCAUUACUUCCGGUUUAAUGGUCAAGAGCAGAGAUACGGUUUAUUUUUUGCGCUAGCUCGUAAGUGAAGCUUAAAAAGUGAAUAAGAAAUGAAAUGGUUCUUGUUUCUUUUCUUUUCCCCCAUUUUUCUUUCCAUCAAGUAUAAUAAGAAGCUCCAUCGAUACGAGGGAGACGAAACAUGCAAUAGAAAAUAUGCAAUACAAGCAGAACUGGAGCGGAGGAAAAGAUCGAGAAGAAAAACGGAGAAUAAAUUUUUACAUUUUCCUACAAUCGAA